UUCUUUUUAGUAUUUUUGUAGUAGUCUCAAUCAUAUUUCAUAAACCCUUUCAUCUGAUCCAAAACCCUAAGCUUGUGCUUGUGCUUGUGCUUUUCACUUCGUGCUGUUCAUCUUCAAUGGCACGCUUACUUCGUUCCCUCAGAAAACCCCUAACCCUAACCCUAACACACCAAUUUCACCAUCAACAGCAGCAAUUAUGCAUUUCUCGGCACCUAUUCCGAAGAAGUUACAUAUCAGAAAUGCGCAAAGAAGCUUUCGAGGGUAACAUUUUGAGACUCCUCCGCAACGAGAUUCAGUACGAGCUCCAAUCCUCUCCUCCUCCCGACAAGCCUUUUACGAAGUUUGGUUCCUUUACUGUGGAUGGCCGAGCUGGGGAGCGGUGGAUUACAUUGGAAAAACGACAUGCUGAUGAAAACAUUAAACUUGAAGUCACCAUGUUUGAUGGAGCUGUUCCUGCUCCAACUCCAACAAAAGGCGGUGAUGGUGUAAUUAAUUCUGAUGAAAUGCAGAUGCAUAUUACUGUAAUUGUCACUAUCUCCAAGGGAGAAGGUGAUGGUGUGUUGCAAAUUACGUGUUCAGCUUGGCCUGACUAUGUAGAGAUAAAAAAGUUGCUCAUACGUGCAAAUGAGAAUAUAAUAACUGAGCCCUAUGCUGGUCCGGAAUUCACGGAAUUGGACGAUGCGUUGCAAGACAGCCUUUAUGAUUUUUUGGAAGUAAGGGGCAUAAAUGAUGAACUUGCUGUUUUCUUGCAUCAGUACAUGAAACAAAAGGAUAAAACGGAGUAUGUAAGAUGGAUGCAAAUGGUCAAGUCUUUUAUUGAAAGGAAAUAAGGACAUUGAAAUUUCAAUAAAAUCUCCUGUAAUUUUUGGUCACUGAAGUGUGAAUCUAGGCAGUUACACAUCAUUGUUUUUUGUUGACUUCUGCUUUAGAUUUUUAGUUAGUGUUGGAAGAAAUUGUACUGGAGAUUGGAAAUGGCUGUAUUAUUUUUGUGGUUUUUGAACAAAAAUGAUAGCACACAUAAGAUAGAAUUACGGCAUUGCUAAUGGAAGAUUUUUCUCCAUUCUA